AUGAAUCGCUGCGACGGGAGAAAACAUAACGACGGCGACGUGGAGUUCGCGUGGGAGACCGCGAAGGAAAACGUCCAACCGUUGAGAGGUGGUCGAGAUGGGAGAGCGCUGAACGACGCGGUUUUACGAGAAGCGCGAGCGGGGAUGCGUGGAGAGGGUGAUGAUGACGACGCGGAGAAGGCGGCGCUGUGGGCGCGAGCGACGACGGGGACGAGCGACGACGCUCUGGGAGAUUGGUGCGCGUUGAUCAAACACGUCGAGCGGAAGUAUCCGACAGGGAACGGGCGAGAGCGUGAGGUCGUUCCCGCGCUCGAGCGGUGUGCGAGGGAGUUACAGGACGAAGCGCGGUACAAGGAGGACGCGCGGUACCUGCGAGUGUGGAUCAAGUACGCGGAUUGUUGCGCCGAACCGGGAGAUAUAUUCAAGUUUUUACGCGCGAAAGAGAUUGGUCAGAGACAAGCUCUGUAUUAUGAGGCGUACGGCGCGUUCUUGGAGAUUCGUCACGCGUACGGGGCGGCGAAUGAGCAGUAUGAGAGAGGGAUUGAGAUGCGCGCCGAACCGCUCGACCGCUUGCGGGCGUCGUACGCUUCGUUUCAGCAUCGCAUGGUUCGCCGAACGCAGAAGCGCGUGGAGAGUGGAGAGAUCGAUGAGGAUCAAGGGGAGGAGAUAGCGCGCAGUUUCGGUGAUACGCUCAAGACUCGGUCGAGAACUGGAGGCGCGGUGAGCUCUCGUCGCGGCGCGGCGCAACCAGAGGCGCCGCGUGGUUUAUCAGGACCCUCUCGCGGCGCGCUCGCCGAGCCGUCGACGUCGAACGCGCAAGAAGGUGGAUUGGAGAUUUAUGAUGACGCUGAAAACGGAGCACCGACGCCGGGUGCGAACACGGAGACGGCGCGAUGGGAGAAUUUGGGUUCGUACAGAGAGAUGCGCAAGGAGAACUCGGCGCAGGCGACGUCUUGGAAUGGACAGCGUGCGACGCAGAGCAAGCGCAAAGUCACCGUGCCUAGCGAUGAGAUAACGGUUUACGAAGACACAGAGUGCUUGAACGCGAGCGACGUCAAGGCGGCCACCGCGAGAGGGUCUUCCCGAGGACAAGGGUCUCUCAGGCAGCGCGCCGACGGCAAAGCAGACCUGAGCCGAGACCCAAUGCUCUAUCACAAGAGCGGCGCGCCGGUACCUCCGUUAGCACCGGGCGAGCGCCCAAAGACCUUAUAUCGCGCAUUCAAGCCCGCGGACCUUCGUUCGGCGGACGGUGAGGAGAUGUGCUACGAGGAACUUCGAGCAGCGGCAUGGGUGCGCGCCAACGGUCCGACACGCAGACCGCGAGCGUUUCCGGGACCGAUCAUCGAGCCCGCGGAGGGAGAUCACGAGAUGGAUAUGGAUAUCGAGGACGACGACAUGAAUGUACACGAAGAUGCGAGCGCGCUUCCGCAACUCGCGACGAGAUCGACUGGCGAUCGCGCGGGCACUCUCGCCCAAACGGCCUCGGACACCAAGGAUGAGGAAUUCGUCUCCAAGCGUUCGUAUGUCGCGCCGCCGUUGCCAGUGGGAUCUCGAAGUGGAUCGUGUGCGAGCGAACCAUCGGAGGCUCGUUCGAAGACGGCCGAUCCCGCCGAGAACUCCCCGAAGGCGAAGAGACCGACGCUUGAGAACAAGAAGGUGAGUGCAGGCGCACGAUGGACCGCGGAUGAGGGUGGCACGCGCUCUGCGAUUCAAGAUCCGACGAUGACGAUUUGUACCAAGGAAGCAUGGGGUGACAUCAUGAGCAUGUUUAGUGAUUCUGUUGCCCCGGGCGAUGGGGGAUACGACGCCGAUCUGAGCGCUGACGACGCGGCUCGCCCAAAGAAGGGAGUCGCUUCGGCACCCGCACCGACGCCGACACCAGCGGAAGAUUCCGGCAGCUUGUGCGUACGGGAGGACACGUGCGUGCUUUCGAAGGAAAUGCUCGCCGCGCGAUUAGCGGAGUCUCGUAGACCGGUGGAGCUCAGAGAACCAAACGACAACGGAUUGUUCGUGCGCGAAGACACGGUGGCCAUACCGAAAAAUUUGACCAGUCUGAGCAUUUGCGAGGACACAGAGUGCAUCCCAAACUUUGCCUCCAUGGUGACGACACCCGGAUCGGCUGCCCCGGCGCCGCACUCGGCUCGACGAGUGAAAGGACUGAAAUCGACUCCCACGGCUGGCCUGCGAGAGGCCACACCGAAGAAUGCGUCGACGGCGAAGAAGCGUCCGGCGCUCGCGCAGUUGCAGCUCAUCAACCCGUUCAAUGAGCAAGCCAUGGAUGAGCACCUCACCUCCCUCGCACUGAGCGCUGAGACGGACGUUCACAUCGACAAUAAGUCUUCUAGCGCAUUGACCCUCGCCGAUGCGGCGAAGUGCGUGAGUAAGGGUGGAAAGCGAGCCGCGGCUGGAGUCGCGGUGACGCUUGGUGACAUCUCUUACGUCUUCAAAGGACGCAUCGGCGAAGGUGCGCACGCCGAAGUCUACGAGGCCGAGUUGGAGAGCAAGGCGAGAACUUCGAGCGAAGGAGACGUCGGCGCGUACGCACUCAAGGUUCAGGAGGCUCGAUACGCGAAGUGGGAAUUUGUUGUCGCUCGGCGCUUGCUCGAGCGACUUCCGGCGGAGGCGUCCGCGGCGGUGAAUUGGGCGCAGCCGACAGCGCUACAUCUGCUCGGCGGGCGCGAUCUCGCGGGCGAGGACGCAACCAUGGGAGUCCUCGUCAUGCCGUUCGGCGAGCACGGCACGUUGCAAGACGUCCUGAACUCUUACCUGCGUGAGGGCAAACAAAUGCACGAGACGCUCGUGAUGUAUUACGCCGUCGAGUUGCUUCGUUUGGUCGAAUGGAUUCACGGCGCCGGCAUCGUGCACGCCGAUCUGAAACCCGAUAACUUGCUUUUACGUAACGGAGGAGACGAUUGGUGCGACUGGGCGCCGCAUCGACCAGGAUCGUGGGCUGAAAAAGGCCUCGCUCUCAUCGAUUACGGACGCGCGAUCGAUCUGCUCAUGUUUCCGGAGGAAGCCGCAUUUGUCGGUGACGCGGGCGCCGAAGCUUUCAGAUGCGUCGAGAUGAUGCAAGGAAAGCCGUGGACGUACCAGGCCGAUUGUUACGCUAUCGCGUCGACGAUUCACUGCCUACUCUACGGUUCGUACAUGGAGGUUGAGCUCACGCCUGGGACGACGAAUACGUAUCGCCAGCGCCAGCCGCUUCGUCGAUACUGGAAAACCGAGCUCUGGGAAGUGAUUUUCGAUCGUUUACUUAACCAGCCGACAGAUUCGACGCCGCCACCGCUCGGAUCGCUCCGGUCUCUCCUCGAGGAACAAAUGCGCGGCGAAGGUCAAAACAUACGCAAGCUCCUCAUGCACCAGACGAUUGACAUGUAUCAACAAAUUCGCGACGGCAAAGUCAAGUGA